UAAUAUUUGAGCUUAAUAGAAGAUUAACAAAAUACUGGAAAUGUCAAUAAAAAUUUUCAGAAAAGACAUUCAGAAAUUAUUUCGAGAGGAUUUCAAAAAGGCCCCGAGGCACUACAAAAGAUUUUUAGAAAAUUUCAGAAGGGGCGGCAUCGAGAAACGUUUGAAAACAUUACAAUAUUUGGAGGUUUAGCAAAGACUUCGAGAAUAUUACAAGAAAAGAGACUUUAAACGAUUUUAAGGAUUUGGAGAAUCAAUCCAAAAAGUUACAGUUGCCUUUACUCUAAGCGCCUGUGAUUAAAAAUUAAAAAAUAUCUAUAAAUAAGAAAGGUGAUAUUGCGCAACCUGCGCAUGCGCACCUUAAUCUUUGAGAUUGUUCUUAGCACAGGUGCCAGAGCUAUAAGCUACCGAAUUCAAAAAGUUAAGGCCUCGGACGAACGGAUGGACAAAGAAAGUGGCUGCAAUAUAAAUAUAGACAAUGACAGACUGACACCAAUACCAAGUCUGUAAGAGGUGUAGUUCCGGAGGCUUUGUGACUCAGACAGACAGACAGAUAUGUCAGGAAGAACUGGAUUUAAUUAUCAAAACCCUGUUCUAUAAUCAAAUUGUUUACGUGUAUUGAUUGGCAAUUUACCUCGGAAAUUGAUAAACAAAAGUUUCCGAUUAUGAUAUCCCUCAUGCUACACACGAAUUAAAGCCCGUUAGUUAGAAUGUUGUGCAAACCAAAAUCUCGGAGAAGAAAGCGAAGGGAUGACGCGGAUGAUGAUGAGGAUGAAUCUAAUGAGGCGUUUGCCGACGUUAUACAACAAAGUGUCGGAGGGUUUGGGAGAUGGCAGUUACAAACUUUCGCGUUGCUUUGUCUUAUUGGAUUACCAAAUACAUGGACCGAGAUGAGUAUAUCGCUAUUAGGUCAUUCGCCCGAAUUUUGGUGCAAACCUCCCGAAUCGUAUCAGAAUAUGUCUGCAACACAAUGGAAAAGCUUAAUUAGCUUAACUGCGGAAAACUCACACAAGGGAUCGAGCGGGUCGUGCAUGAUACUGGAUAUAUUAAAUGAAAAUGUUACGUCAUUGAUCCCAUGCGAAUGGGGUUAUGAAUACAAUCGAGAGUACGUGAAAUCUAAUAUGAUAACCGAAUGGGACUUUGUGUGUGAUCGACAGUAUUUAGUGUACAUUUUUCGAGCGUUAACCAUGGUCAGUUUAAGCUUGGGUGGAUUCGUUUUUGGUUUUGCCGCAGAUAGGUUUGGACGUAGCAGGGCUUUGCUACUGGCAAUCAUUUGCCGGUCGAUAUUUGGCAUCGUGUCGACCGCAGCACGAGACUUCCACUUAUUCUUCUUCCUCAGAUUCUGCUUAGCUUUCUUUGAUCGUGGUGCAUUGAUUAUUGGAUUGGUUAUGUGCGUGGAAUUAGUCGCGGGGAAAUGGAAAACUAUAAUACCAAUUUUAUACGAACUUCCUCUGGCGUUCGGUUUAAUUAUCAUGUCGAUAAUGACGAAUUUUAUACGUGAUUGGAGAAUAGCUCAAGCGGCUUUAUAUUUCAUGUCCGCCAUAUGCAUAAUUUGUCAUCGAAUUGUUCCGGAAUCGCCAAAAUGGCUACUGACAGUUGGAAGAGAUGCCGAGGCAUCAAAAAUAUUAGAAAAAGCUGGCGAACUGAACGGUGUGGACCCAAUGGUAGUGAGAUCAAUGGUGGAAAGUUUUUGUGUUUUCUCUGAGGACCAAAGGACACCCAAUUUUACUGCUCUCUGCACUAAUACCUACUUGCGAAAACGCUUGGCGCUGGGAUGUCUAAAUGGAUUAAUAAUCUUUACAGUUAUGUAUGGACAAUCUCAGCAUUUCGGGGAACUAAGUUCUAACCCAUACCUUAAUAUUUGCCUGCAAGGUGUAUUGGCAUUGAUAGGAAUAAUGUUAAGUUGCAUCCUAGUAGUGGUACUUAAUCGAAAAUUGGCAAUUAUGAUAGCUUCGGGUUGCUGUGGAGUGUUUACGUUAGCACUGUUGGCAAUACCACGUGACAUGCAUCAAGUACGGGGUGCAAUUGGCGGAAUUGCCUUCGUUGCUUCAAUAGUGUGCAUCGCUCCUAUUCAACCUCUGGUUGCCGAACUGUUUCCGACAGUCAUACGAAAUUCUGGAUAUGGAAUAUUUUCGAUAUUUAUGAGCAUCGGUGCGCUUAUAGCCCCUUCUAUUAUUUCAAUUGGCGAUGUCGUUUGGUAUCUCCCAUUAGUAAUUUUGGGCGUGAUAUCGCUCAUGGAAGCUGUUAUUAUAGUAUUCUUACCUGAGAAUCCUAAACAAGCAUUGCCACAAACUGUAGAAGAGAUUGAAAUGUAUUCGUUUGUUUAGUUGUAGUACCUUUAAUAGCACCUUCAUAGAAGAAUACUAGAAAUAUUAUAUGAUUACUUGAUAAUUUUCUAUUUGUACCUAUAGUAUCAACUAAUACACAUUAUUAAAAUCA